AUGUCAAAAGAAAUCGUUGGUAUUAUUUUGCUACAGUUUUACCCUGAAGGAAUCCUUUGCUUUGUAGAAAGAGAAGAUGUAAAUUCCAAAUUAUCAUCUUGGGGAUUUUGUCGUUGUACCUCAAAUACACUCGUUGGUUGGGAGCAAGCUCUGCUCACUCAUUCAUUGCCACUAAUGUGUAAAGUGCUGCUCAUUGUUCAUUUUUCGUUGAUCAACAACUGUGGACCUUCUAGAGCUGCGUUCAUCAUGAAAGGGUGUCAAGAAUUGGCUGCAUUUAAGACUGCUUCCGGAAAAUCGAAGAAAUGUCUGGAGGUGUCAGUAUAG